UCUUUCUGUUGAUCCAGUUCCUGACAGAUUUAUCUAUUGUCCAAAACAGGCCAUUGCAAUAAACGCAGUAUAGACAUAGUAUCCUGGUUUAAAAUAUUAAACACAGUAUAGACAUCUUAAAGUAUCCUGGUUUCAAUUAUUAUGGCUUUGGCUGUCUUUCCAGAAGGUUGUAGGAAUUUUAUGGUUAUUUAGCUCAUUCUCAUUGAUUCUCUGUUUCCUGAAGAGAAGAAUAAAUAAAUUUAAAAAGUCUGAAACAACCCAAAGUUAAUUUAUAGCAGAAGACUGUGAGAAAGACUUGGAAAAGAGGGCUGUUUAAGGUUGGGUGGGUGCUUUUGAGAUUGUCUCCUAGAUGAGAGAGAUGCCGUUUUUGUGGGAACGAGGAGGGACUUCUGUGUGUGCUGAGGGUUGAUUUUUACUUUUCGUUGUUGUGCCAGGAAUCGUUGACAUUUCAGCAGUUGAAAUACAUGAAUACAGAAUUUGAAAUAAAAGGGUUGUGGCACUCAGGAGCUCCUGUCACGAGUAAGCUGCCCAUGCACAAAUGCUGCUCCAAGCGCAGCCCUGAUGACCGGCUUGCCUGGAGUGGCUAUAGUGGCUGGAAACGCGGAAUUAAUGAAGAAAGUAGGCAGCUGUGGCACCUGCCUGGCCAAUAUGUUCACAAUGGAACUGUGACCUUUCUGCCUUUGGAGGAAAACAGUGAAGGAAAAUACCAGGUUAAAAAGUGCAAUAUUUAUCAAAUUCAACUUAAACACAUAAAAGACGAGGAAUGGUCUGUGUCUGUUGUAGCUCCAUUUCCAGAAGAUUGGUUUUCAGAUGGAAUUGUGUACCCCAAACUAGCAUGGCUUAGAAAUGAACUUUUGUCCAAACUGGCUAAAUGGUCUGUGCAGCAAAAGCCCAGUGGGUUUAAAAGUACACUCUCACUCAUUUCACUAGCAAAAUACAGCAAGGUUUAUCAGGACCUCAAAGAAAAGUACAAAGAGAUGGUAAAGGUGUGGCCUGAAGUGACAGAUCCUGAGAAAUUUGUUUAUGAAGAUGUUGCCAUUGCCACUUAUUUGCUGGUUCUUUGGGAAGAAGAGAGAAAAGAAAAAGGGUUGACCAAGAAACAGUCAUUUGUAGAUCUUGGAUGUGGAAAUGGUUUGCUGGUUCAUAUUCUAAACAAUGAAGGGCAUUCAGGCAGAGGAAUUGAUGUGAGGAGAAGAAAAAUAUGGGACAUAUAUGGACCAGAGACACAUUUAGAGGAAGCUACAAUCAUUCCAGGUGACAGUCAUCUCUUUCCAGAUACUGACUGGCUCAUAGGAAACCAUUCAGAUGAGUUAACACCAUGGAUACCUGUAAUUGCAGCUAGGUCUUCCUAUUCAUGUUGCUACUUUGUGCUGCCAUGCUGCUUCUUUGAUUUCCAUGGAAAGUACAGACGGAGACAAAGCAAGAAAACUCAGUACAGAGAAUAUCUUGAUUUUGUUGCCCAAGUUGGAUUUGUAUGUGGCUUUCACGUGGAAGAAGAUUGCCUUAGAAUUCCAUCAACAAAAAGGGUCAGCUUUAUUGGGAAAAGCAGGAGGUACCCAGCUGCACAACAUGCUCUGAUUGACAAGCAGAUAACACAGUUCAUUAACAGUCGUGGAACCUGUGCUGUGGCCGCAUGGGACAGGAGGGUUGGAUUUAACCAUGAAGAUCGCUGUGGUGGUCUGUGCAAAGAAGCAGGCUCAGAACCUCUUGAAGAUGAUACUGAGACCGAUGGUACAAUUUGGAUGCCUGGAUUUCAACCCAGAGAAAAAGUAGAACAAGUCAGAAAUUGUGUUUCCCUCCCUCGGGAUUUUGUAGAUGAAGUGGUUCUCAAUGUGGCAAACUUACUGUUAAAUGCAGCCCCCCAAAAAUCAUGUUCUGAUAAGCAGGGUGGAAAUACGAAUACCUGGAAUCAAGGAGAAAGCCUUUCCUUGAGAGAAGUGGCAGAACACCUGGAUAAAGAGAUUUUAAAAAAACUGAAAAGUGAAUAUGGAGGCCUGCAGACACUACUCAAGAACAAUCAUCAAGUAUUUGAAGUUCUAAAUGGGAGAGUUCAUAUUCGUGACUGGAGAAAAGAGGAAUCACCAAGUAAAACUAAACCUGAAGUGAAACGGCGCCUUUCAGCUGAAGCAUUUAAAACACGCCUCUGUUGGUUUUUCAUUCAUCAUCCUGAUGGUUGUUCUUUACCUUCUGAAGCUUGCCCAUAUGCCCAUGGGACUGAGGAGCUAAGGCAGUCCCCGAUGAUUAAAAAGAAAAAACAUAUACAGUAAUAAAAUGUUACAACUUUUGUUUAGGUUUAUGUACAUAACAGAAUCUAUGAUUGACUUUGGGACUGGCUAGUGCCUGAACAUCUGUACAAAAUGGAUGGAUUUCCCUCAUUUCUUUGCAUCUCAUUUUGCAUUUGGUUUACAGAUUCUCCUGUAUUUCUAAUUCUUUAUAUUUUUAUUAACAGGGAAUAGGUAUAGUAAAGUACAUAUAUAUUUUUGGA